AUGUCGACCAUAGACCCUCCAGACGACCUCGAAAGAGGAACACCACCUCUCGAAGGCGAGGACCCCCUAACGCGCCCCCCAGAUUCCCCACCUACUCCUCCAGGCCGCGAUAACCUCACUCCAACAGGACGGGCAGUGGAAGAAGCUCUCGAUGACCUAACUAAGCAACCCGACUAUGAAGAUAUCCACGGCCCUGGCACCUCGCAGACCUCAGGCUCAACAUGGAAGUACGUUCCAUCCACCCGUCCCAACUCCGAAUUCGAUCCCUCUUUUGAAAAUGUCCGCGAAAAAAGCCAACCAAUACUUGACGACCGAGCCGAAAGAAUUUUGCGAGAAGUGCGACGCGAUUUCGCGGAUAGAAUGCGCGCAUACGAUGUCCCAGACUCAGAUUCAUCGGCAUCACCCGAAGAAGAAAUGGCCACUGAUAUCCGCUCUUUCGUCGAGGCUACGCGCAGAAAAGACGCCAGAGAACACGCGAAAAACCAUGGGAAAUCGGAGGAAGCGGAAGAAGAAGAAGUAAAACGUUUUGAUAUCGCUUCUUUCAACGUUUCUCAGCGUAAAAGACGCGCUCGGAAGGAGGCUAAAGCUAAAAGAAAAGCAGAGCGGAAAGAAAAACUGAAUGAAGAGAUUCUUGCUGAAUGGGCCAGGAGGCUGGGUAAACUCGCUAAAGAAGAAGAAUCUGAGUUUUCUACUUCGGAAAGCGAGGGACGAGACCCGCCAAAAGCGGAAUCCAAAAUAGCUUCCAAUCUCGGGAAGGGUGUGGCUAAGAAUGUAGCUGCUCCCACAGAAACGACCCAUACAAAAGUACAUUGGCUCGAUGCACUUGAUGCCCAAAAUCUUGCCCCCGCAGACUACCAAUCGCGGCUCGACGAGAAAAUCGGAGAGUACGACAAUCAAAUCGGUAGUAUAGAAGAGGAAGGACGUAAAGAGGAAACAGGAUCUAAAGCUACACCGAGCCGUUGUGCAGAAGCAAGAGCGGCUUUGCGGCAGCAAAUUAAGCGAAUGAAGGCGAAGCUGCAGGGGCCAAACCAGGAGCAAGAGGAGCAUUUGAGCAGACAAAGAGAGGAGAUGUUGAUACAGAGGGAGUACGAUGAGGCCUUUUAUCGGAAUCAAGCAGCGAUGGACGAUUUGUCGUCGGGGGAUGAGUCCGUGGAUGCGAGAGAUGAAAGGAAUAUGUUUGGGGUAUUGAGCUCACGUUCUUCUGCUAGACGGCGACCCAUUCAAAAUGAACCUAACAGACCUCGGAGCCUACCGGAGCAGCUCCGGACACAGAGCGAGGAUACUAAACGUGUAGAUGUGGAAAAUGACAGUGAUAAUGCGGACAGCGCGGGUGCGGGUGCAGCAUUAAAUAUAAGUUCUUAUGCUGGCGGACGACGUCCAUUUCAUAAUGAACCUGAACGUUCUCAAGACUCGAGUGAGCGGCUCCGAAAACAACGCGAGGAUUCUAAACGUUCAAAUGCGAAAGAUGAUGAUGCUAAUGAUAGCUCGGACAGCGCAGGUACGGGUGCGGGUGCAGCACUGCAUAAAAAUCCUCAUGCUGGCGAACGACGUACACUUCAUAGCGAACCCUCAAGUGCUCACGACUCGUCUAAGCAGCCCCAGAAAGAAAAUAAACAUACUACAUCCAAACCAUCUGGAGACGAACAACAUGGGGAUACGAAGUCCGAAAAGCCUUCUGUUCCUAAAGUAUCUCAAACGUAUCCAGUGAAGUUCCCGGACGUUGGUGUCCAUGAUUCGAAUUCUCGGAGUCAGGAGGCUGUUUGGAGUUGGAAACGUAUGGCAAUAAUUAUAUUGACGGGAAUGCUGUUGGGAAUUUUGGGGGUGCACUUGAGGAAAUAUAUAGAUGACAGGUGGUAUGAUAUUGAGGAUUGGAUUGGGGAGAGCGAUUGA